AACGGGGUGCGAUUAUGACUUCGCUAUGGUCCUGGAAUCACCUGAUUCCAGCGCUUGAGGAUUGGCCCCAGUUGAGACGAGUCGCCGACGUCAAGACUCCGUCAAUCUGCAGUAAGCAGCAACGAUGGGUGCAAUUCUAAGCCGUUUGCUUGAGUUACGAUCCGGAAUGAUGUCGCUCAGUCCUUGCACAACAGAGAUCAAACGACGCGACUUACACGGAGAUCGAAUUGGGAUUUUCCUCGGAAUUUGCAAACUUCGUAAGUAUUUGAGGUGCCGUGGCUCACGGGCGGCAAACAGUGUAGGAACCUCACGCAUCUUGAUCCUGGUUGAACUGCUCUUGCCCGUGUGCACAGUCGUAUUGUUGCACAGGCCUCCCAGGCGCUGGCGUUGCGCCCCCCGAAGCGUACGGAUUAAAUCUUUUCGCUUUGCAUUCAUCCACCGGCAAUCCUCCAUAAGUACUGCGACAGUAGCUGAGUUUAAUUCGGGCUAUGGCUUCGUCUCCGAAAGAAGUUCAAUCACGAGUCCUUUUAGGCCGUAGUCCGUCAGUUGCUGGCGCACAACGUGAUUUCGCAUUUUCAGCGCAAGGAAGCAAGAGUCGAGCAAGAGUCAUUCGAUCGUAUUGCGCAAGUAUGAUC